UUAGCAUCAUGAGGCGAACUGCACCUAUCGUAGAAACUGGGAACAUUUUACCCAGAGAGUAGGGGUUUCCACCUGCCCGGUAACAAAUGCAGUUCCCAUUCAUGUUGAAGUCCCUGAUUCUAUCGAGGACUGGGAUGAUGUCCCUGCAGUACAGAACGUUGUGUCGCCGCUGGACGUUAUUCAGCAGAAAAUCCUGGAUAAACCAGUGAUGCGACAGCUGGCGAAAAACGGGCUCACAAAAUCAGAACGCAAAUCAUUCACUUUGGCCGAGCAGCGUCGCUUGGAACGCCUUCAACAAGAGAAGGCAAAGGAGGAAGAGAGAGCCAAAGCACAAGGAGAGAAGAAGGAGAAGAAAGAUAAGAAAACCAUGGCGGAUUCAAACCUUGCUGACUGCACCACCACCAGCCGUAAAGAUAAGCAACGCUUAAGGCAGGAGGAGUAUAGAGCUAAGAUCGGAGCCAAAGUGAUGCAAGAAUUCACAGAUCAAUGGACCAGAGAAUUGUUCUCGGGAUUAGAAGAAGAAAUCAUAGACCAAGAGAUAUCUGAAUCAACUGUCGAUUGUCCCAUUCCAAUUUCCACAAGAGCAAUAGGUCUCUCAAUCCAGGACACUUCUUCUUCUUCUUCUUCUUUUUCUUGACCCCCUCUGCCGUUACAGCGUAGGGGUACCAGCCUCGGUCCAUCUCCUCCAUGCAGUCCUAUCCUCAGCCAUUCUUCUCAUAUCUCUCAUUGUCUUGCCUCUCUCCCUCCCCAAUUCCUCCAGAUAGCCUUCCCAGUUCAUCCUAGGUCUACCUCUCCGUCUCUUUCCUUCCCUCCUAGCCUCCACCACUUCCUUUACUGGGCGACAUUCUUGCAUUCUAGUGAGGUGUCCAAACCAUUUGAGUUGCCUUUCUUUUAUGUCUUCCAUCAGUGCUCUUCUUCCCACUUCUCCUCUCACUCUCUCAUUUCGCCAUCUAUCAUGUCUUGUCUUUCCUAUUGCUCUUCUGUGGUACCUCAUUUCUGCUGCAGUAACC